AAGGCCUCUCCGAUGCUGUUAUUCGUUGCUAUGGAAACUGACUCCGGGUGUGUUGCCAUGGUAACAGAGGUUUGGCCGCCUACGGCUCUGGGCAGAAGAACCUCUUCAUGAAGGCAGUCCACCUGGUCUGGUUCUGCCUCCUUGCACUGUGCAACACUGAAAACGAGCAUCCUGCUCACAGGUGUGAAGUGGAGCUUUUCCAUAACUUCGCUCUUCUCCCCAUCAUCUCGGUGCUCCAAGUGACUCUGAAGGCAGAAACAGGCUUCCAAACACACUCACACACACUCACACACACUCACGCACACUCACACGCACAAACCCACCGAGCUGCACCGAGCAUCGUCACCUCGAGGCCGUCACUAUCUGGACAGCAGUAAGGUGAAAUCUCCUCCCGUCCCCCGGUUCUGAUGGCAGACGGUCGGCAGCCUGAGGACAGCGCCUCGCAGUGGGCAUUGCCAGGGACCCAGGACUCCUCCAGUCCUGUGGGAGAGAAUGGUUUCUCCUACAGGACGUGCCAGCCUGGUGCUGCGCACGCCGCCGCCGCUGCCUCCUAUGCCAAAGAGAACGGCUUUAACGGUGACCUGCCCUCGGGCCAUGAAGUAACUGCAGAGCAAGUGUCCGCGCGCAUUGUGCAGGAGGUGACGGCCGAGGCAGUGGCGGUUCUGAAGGGAGAGCAGGAGCUCCAUCCAGGCACAGCCGUCCGACUCUCCUCAGUGGAAGACUCAACCAAUUUGCCACCUUCUCCACCUCCGUCUCCUGCGGCUGAGCACUUUGGCCCUCUGGAGCAAGAUGUAGGGGAUGAGGAGGAGGCUGGGCCUCUCUGCCGCUUCCAAAAUUCUCGGGAGAGGUGCAAGUUCCUCGCCCCCUCCAUCUCAGUUUCAGUGCCCGAGGAUGAACCCUACUACUCUGACGAGGAGUACUAUGACCACCCCUUAUUCAGCCCUGAGUGGACACUCUCGGGCUCGUGCCCUUCAGGGCAGGCCGCUGCCUUUAGCCAGAUUGAAGAAGAAGAGACCAUAGAGGCUCUUUCUGCAGCGGAGGAAGAUGAGAACAUUGCAGCAGCAGCAGCUUUAGAGGAGCAGGAGGAAGAGGAGGAGCAGUGGAGUGGGGAGGAGCCUGAGCAGGAACCCAUAUCCAAGCUCUUAGAGCAGGCAGAGGUGGUAGUCGGGGCCCAGACUUUGCCCUAUCUGCAGGCAGAGGACCAAGCAAUUAAUGCUGGCCCUGGAGCUCGUAAUGGGAGCACUGAGGAGGCAGAAAGGGGCGAGUGCCCUGGAAAAGCUGUGAAGAUGGAUGCAGAAAAGCCAUGUGGAGAGAGGGCUACGCCGGUCAGCACGGACUUCGCUCAGUCAGAGGUGAAACCAGAGGAUCUCACCUCUUACCAAAGUGUUGUCCCUGAUACAUCAUUACCCAGCCUAAGUGACACAGAUGCUUUUGCUGUUUCACCAAAUGGUCAGAGCAAUGCCAAAGAGCCCACGGUGAAUCCUGAUCAAAAGGAAGACUCACCAGUCAAUAUUGAGAAGCAAGCUCCUACAGAUGCAGUUUCUUUAGACUCAAGUAUGUCUCAAACACACGUGAUGCAAUUACUAGAAGUGGAAUCUACAUCUACUGGAGACAAGCAGCUAGAUGUUAUAGCAAGUGCCAAAAGUCUAGAAGUGCCUGGAACAGAGUCUGCUAGCUCAGAUAAACAAGAAGGAACUAUGGACAAGUCUGGAAUGUCUGCUUAUUUUGAAACAACCACACUGAAAUCAGAGGAGACGAGGGGACAAGGUGAAGAUUAUUAUGAGCUUAGUACUGCAUCAGAUGAGACUAAGUCUGCCAUUUCCUCAGUUCCAGAAAUUAGCUACAGUACCCUAGUUCAAUCUCAGUCUAUAGGUGAAAUUCCUGAAAGUCAAAAGGGUACUGAAGAGCAACAAAAGGUUCUCGCAUCAUCUGAAAAAAGGGAUGAUUGCAAGCUCUCUCCUGGAAAGUUGGCCUUGGAGCAAAGAAGUUACUCCCUGAAUAUCACCAUUGGGGCUAUGGAUCAGAGUGGAGGACAAGGGCGUCCCAGAAACUUCUCCCCAUUAGCGACUGACAUCAUGUCUUAUACCAGUGGAAGCCUUGAUGAAUCUACCGAAUGCAUUCCUGUCUCGCCAUCAGUGGAGAAACUCCCCUCUUUCCCACCACUGAUCCUGGAGACAUCAGCCUCUGUCACCACUCCAUCAGCUUCUCCACCUCAUGACACAGUAGCUGAUAUCAAGACCACAAGUCCACAGCCUGAAUCCCCAGGUUCUCCCUUACCUAAUAAGUUCAGCUAUAAAAAUGGUGCUGUGAUGGCACAAGAUCUACCUGAAAUGCUGGACUUGGCAGGUACUCGUACAAGAUUAAUGUCUGAUAACACUGAUCCUGAGAUUAUAAGAAGGAAGUCAGUCCCUGCUGACAUGCCUGCCCUAGUGAGUGACUCCUUAGCCCAUUUGUUUCAGGGUCAGCGAGUUACAAAAAGCGAGACUCAAUUGGAGGAACAUGGAUACUGUGUUUUUAGUGAGUACUCUGGUCCCAUGCCAUCUCCAGCGGAUGUUCACAGUCCAUUGGAUUCUCCACCAACACAAAUCUUCAACAGAAUGAUUUCAGAAGAAAAAGAGACCAUUCCAAAUACAAGUGGACAGGAAAGUCCAUCAUCUAACGUUCUAAAAGAAGACAUUUCCCCAGAAACAGAGGAGGAAAAGGAUACAAGAGAAAAAAUGUGCAAAAAUAAUGAUGCUGGAGCAGAGCAGCCAAGCAAUCAAGUUAAAACGUUUGCCACUCCAACUGUUACUGUUACUCUGGAAGGCGUGAAAACAGAUCUUGAUGAAGAGGCCAAACUUGCAGCUGAACAGGAGGCUGAAAUAGCUGAUUAUGAGAGGCAAAUUCGCAAGCUGGAAAUGGAAGACAGACCUUUAAGUGUUGAAGAGGAGAGGGAGCUCCAGGAGCUACGUGAAAAGGUGAAGAAUAAGCCAGAUUUGGUUCACCAGGAAGCCUAUGAGGAGGUAGAUGCUGAGGAUGUGUACCAGCUUACUGGAGUUGCCAAGGACAGGAUUGCUAGACCAAUUAAACCAUCACCAACAUCAUCAGUGGAGAGUGGAACAGAAGAAGAAAAAGUACCUGUUGACACAGAGAAAACUAAACAGGCACAAGACGGUCAGAAAGAAGAGCCCGCAAAAUUGUCUCCUGCAGAAUCUGUCGAGAAACCCAGGAAAGAUCAGAACCUCCUACAAUCUGACAAGGAGAAUGAGACUAUUGGAGAAAAAUCACAACUGGAAAUUGCGAUGGCAGAGCAGGCUCCUGUUUCCACUUCAGUGUCACAAAGUAAAGAAGAAGAAAUAGAAGUAGCUGAGGAACCUAUGGAGUACAUGCAAGCAGAAAAAGCAGGUUUAGAUUUGCCAAAUGUGCCUGAGAUACUGGAGAAGGUUGAACCACGGAAGACUGAACAAGAUCAGUCUGAAGUAAAACAAAUUGAAACAGAGCUUGUUGAGAAAGAUGACAAGCCCAAAGUGACACAUGAGGAGCCUAAAGUUGUUGAGAAACAUGAGGAGCCUAAAGUUGUUGAGAAACAUGAGGAGCCUAAAGUUGUUGAGACCCAUGAGGAGCCUAAAGUUGUUGAGAAACAUGAGGAGCCUAAAGUUGUUGAGAAACAUGAGGAGCCUAAAGUUGUUGAGACACAUGAGGAGCCUAAAGUUGUUGAGACACAUGAGGAGCCUAAAGUUGUUGAGAAACAUGAGGAGCCUAAAGUUGUUGAGAAAGAUGAGGAGCCUAAAGUUGUUGAGAAAGAUGAGGAGCCUAAAGUUGUUGAGAAAGAUGAGGAGCCUAAAGUUGUUGAGAAAGAUGAAGAGUCCAAAGUUGUUGAGAAAGAUAAAGAGGACAAAGGUUUUGAGAAAGAUGAAGAGCACAAUAUUGUUGAGAAAUAUGAGGAGCCACAAAGUGUUCAAAAAGAACAAGAAUUCAAAAUUGCUGAGAAAGAUGAAGAGCCCACAGUCGUUGAGAAACACGAGGAGCCUAAAGUUGUGAAGGACGAAGAGCCUACAGUUGCUGGGAAGGACGAAGAGCCAAAAGUUGUUAAGAAAGAUAACGAGCCGUCGUUUGUUGAGAAAGAUGAAGAGCCCAAAGUUGUUGAGAACGACGAAGAGACCAGAGUUGUGGAAAAAGAUGAAGAGCCCGAAGUUGUUGACAAGCAUGAAGAAACUGGACUUGAAAAAGAUGAAAAGACAGGACUUGUGAAAGAUAAAGUGGAAGAGCAUGACGAGUUGGAAGGGGCAGGGGCAGCGGUACAAGAAACCAUAGAGCCCCGAGCUGCCAUUGAGUCUAUUGUAACCGUGGAAGAUGACUUUAUUACUGUGGUGCAGACCAUUGAUGAACGAGAAGUACCUGGGCACAGCGUACGUUUCUCCACUCCUCCUGAAGAAGAAUCACCACAAAUGCUUCGAGAUGAAGAGGAGGAAGAAGACUCUAUUGAAAUGGCUCAAGAAGCAGAAAUGGAGGCUGCUAGCCUAGAGGAAGUCCAGGAUGCUCCUGAAGCUGUACAGGCCCCUGUGUGUCCUCCUAAGGAGGUUCCAGAGAGCGAGUGUCCUACUGAGAGCUAUGAUGACUACAAGGAUGAAACCACUAUCGAUGACUCCAUCUUAGACAGCUCCUGGAUAGACACUCAAGAUGAUGAUAAGAGCAUGGCCACAGAGAAAAUUGAGCCUCUUCCAAGAAUAUUAAGCCCUGCCAAGAAGCCCUCUACCGAGAAGCCAGUCAAACAGAAGCCUAAAUCAGGCAGAGCCAAAGGCCGAAUUUCCACACCGGAACGCAAACCCAUCUGGAAAGAUCCGGGACCGGUCCAAAAAGGGGAUCUGAAGAAGAAAAAAGCUGUGAUUAAGAAGGUUGAGGUCACAAAAAAAUCUGAAAAUCAGAGCCGUUCUCCCUCCAGGAAGAGUGUUUUAAAGGCCGCCGUAAGGCAUCCUAGAGCUACCCAACAUCACAUCUGUGCUAAGCGGAAACCCACAGUAUCAGCAGACGGACGGCUGACGUUCAGCUCGGUGCGUCAUUCCAGAGACAGGGCGUCUACCCCCAACCCGACUUCACUAACUAAGAUCCCCACCUGUAAAACACGGGCGUCGGCUCUUCCUCAGCCCCGCCUGAACUCCACCUGCUCCUACAAUAAAACAAGCUUAUUGGUGGAGUUCGAAGGGCCCCGCCCCUUCUCAGCAGGGCCUCAAGAUUCCAUCUCAAUUAACAAUUUAGAAAAGGACGGAGGAUCUCGGAGCCCCGAGAAGAGAUCGUCUCUGCCUCGACCAGCCUCUAUUCUGACUCGACGCGCUUACACUAGCGAAUACGAGGAGAGCUCCACCUCCAUCACUAGCUCUGGAUCGACUGCACCACGCAGGCCCACAUCUUUCCAGACUGAAGUCAGAGCUGAACACAGGACAGGUCGAUCUGCCAGUAUGACAGGCACCGAGUCCGUGCGUUCCCGCUCCGCUCGCUCCGGCACCUCCACUCCCCGCACUCCCGGCUCCACGGCCAUCACUCCCGGCACUCCUCCCAGCACAUCCUGUCGCACCCCAGGCACCCCACGCACCCCGGGCACCCCCAAAUCCCUCAGCCUUCUCUCACAGGAGCAGAAGGUGGCCAUUCUUCGUACGCCUCCGAAGUCUCCUGUCACUGGAUCCAAGCAGCUGCGUGUCCUCAACCAACCCAUGCCUGACCUCAAGAACGUCAGGGCCAAGAUCGGAUCCACGGAUAACAUCAAGUACCAGCCUAAAGGAGGACUGAUUCAAAUUUCAAACAAGAAGCUGGACUUCAGUCAUGUGCAAUCAAAAUGUGGGUCCAAGGAUAACCUGAAGUUUUCACCCCUUGGAGGCAAUGUUCAGAUUCAAUCGAAGAAGCUCGAUCUCAGCCACGUGACCUCCAAGUGCGGCUCUAUGGAUAACAUCCACCACAAGCCAGGUGGCGGUAACGUGCGCAUCGAGAGCGUAAAACUGGACUUUAAGGAUAAAGCUCAUGCUAAAAUUGGCUCUCUGGAUAACGCUCACCAUGUACCAGGAGGAGGAAAUGUGAUGGUGAGGGGGGGGCACUUUCCUCCGGGUACUCUGGUUUCCUCCCCCGGUCCAAAGACAUGCAUGAUCGAGAGCCACAAGCUUAUGUUCCGUGAGACAGCGAAGGCUCGCGUGGACCACGGCGCCGAGAUCGUCACUCAGUCAUCUGGUCUGUCUCCUCACCAGAUGUCAUCAUCCGGCAGCAUCAACCUGCUUGAGUCCCCACAGCUGGCCACGCUCGCUGAGGACGUCACAGCUGCUCUGGCCAAGCAGGGACUCUAAAAAAAAAAUAAUAAUGAAAAAUUAAUUAAUUAAAAAAAAACCUUUCAACAUCCUCCAUAAUGCCCAGCUACACCAUCAGCUCCGCCCAUUUAUCUAUGAAUAUAUAUAUAUAUAAACAGCAAUCCCUCUAGUGGUGUCGUAGUAGUGACUAACGACCCUCUGAACGUUCCUGGGACACCGCGUUUCCCCUCCGACGUCAUCUCAUCCACAUCUGUCGCCGGAAACGAGAGCAGCCACCAAGAGCUGGAGCAGACUUUAUCACGGAAAGAAGAGAAAAAUUCAAUGGGGAAAAAAAAAGAAUUGUUGUUGGAUUUUUAUUCCUAUUUUAUGGUAUUUGAAUCAUUUUUAUUCUAGAAUUCCAGUUAAUUAGCUAGAAAGGUACCAGUGCUUUUAUUCUCCCUGUAUGCUGUGUGAUAAUUUUUUCUCUCUCUCUCUCUCUCUCUCUCUCUCUCUCUCUCUCUUUCUCUCAAAAUUUUUUUUUUUUUUUCUAUUACGGUGGUGUACAGAUGCUGAUCUCAGAUCAGAGUUAUCAUUAAGGAAAAGAAAGGAGAAUGAUUUCGGGGCAGCUGUUUCCUCCUCGUUCUUUUGCGUAGAGCCAGUGCAUGGAGUCUAAACCCCGCCUCCAGGGGGGGAAAAAAUUCACCUGACGAACCAACAAAAUGAUAUACAAUGUAUAUUAAAUAUAUGUAUAAUUACACCGAUUAUUUGUCAACGGCAUCUCUCGAUCAGAAAAGAACGACGAUGACGAUUCCACGAUAAUAUCUAUACAGUACAAACACGUUAUUAACGCAAAUAAAAAAGGAAACGAUGGUGAUGCGCAUGUGUCGAUUCUACUAAAGAGCUAUUUUCUAUUUCGAAAACAGAUUUCGUAAGUUAUUUGCUGAUUCGUUCGAUAAAACGAACAGUACAUGUUUUUAGCUAUUAGUCACGACAACGUUAUGCUUGUUCGAUCGUUCGAAAGGACCGCGUUGGCUUUGCCAAGGGGUCAAGGCUUUAUAUCAGACACAGACACACACACACUCCAUCAGCGGUUAAAGGAAUACUCCGGUGUUUUUCCUCCGAAACUUCUAUCCUUUGUAUCUGUGUGAUUACAACAGACGGGAAAUUCAGGAUUUUCUCUGCGUUCAAAAAGAACAGAAUUUUUUUUUUUACUUCAAACCCACUUCUAAUAGAUGUCUAAGGGCACUUGUUGAGCUGGAGGGUGUUUAAAGUAAUCCGACUAUAUGACCUGGAGACUACAGCAGUGGUUGUAACAAUAACCGUAAAGAUUCAUACGAGAUAAACCUUCCGCCGAAUGCGGAAGGAAAUAAAUCCAGUUACGUUUUUUUUUUAAUAGUUUCUGUGCAUCUUUAACUUAUUAUUAGCAUAACCAGAUAAUCUUUCCUCUGAUAAAAUGUAAUCCAAAUGAUGAACCGUACUCUACUGUAUAUAAUUUGUCAUGCAUUAUGUAUAUUUUAGCAAGCCAUUUACGUGACAGUGAAAAUCUUUUAAACUGAGAUUUUCUCAAUCCAUAAAAAUAAGUUAGUCGAAAAAAAACGUACAAAAAACGACGUAUUGGUCCGAUCUUACGGCACGUCUGACAUUUCUUCAGACUUCCACUUACUUGACUUUCUAUAAAUUGAAUGUUACUGUUUGUCAUGAAAUAUUGAAAGAAAAAAACAAUAAUCUCCCCGUGCCUCGGGGGUUUCCUCCGGGUACUCCGGUUUCCUCCCCCGGUCCAAAGACAUGCAUGGUAGGUUGAUUGGCAUCUCUGGAAAAUUGUCCGUAGUGUGUGAGUGUGUGCGUGAAUGAGAGUGUGUGUGUGUGCCCUGUGAUGGGUUGGCACUCCGUCCAGGGUGUAUCCUGCCUCGAUGCCCGAUGACGCCUGAGAUAGGCACAGGCUCUCCGUGACCCGAGAAGUUCGGAUAAGCGGUAGAAAAUGAAUGAAUGAAUGAAUGAAUGAAUGAAUGAAUGAAUGAAUGAAAAACAAUAAUCCUUGUUCUAUACUUGAUCUCUUAUCAAACGUGUAUAGAGGCUCGAUGAAGUGAAAUCAGUCUCAGAAAGAGAUCAGAAGUGCCUCAGGUGUGUGUAGUUAACUGGUACAUAAUCUGCUAAUCCUCCAGGGAAGCUAAUACGAAUCCUAGUAUCCUGUACUAGUUACUAUACAUAACUUAUACUAUAGCUAUGUUCCGUAUAACAUAAACACAAGCCAUGCACACGGACAAUAACAGGAAUACAUUCCUAUUACACUUACUAUAGAAGACAAACGAUUAGCAACAAGCACGUUUUUUGUCACUCCAGGGUUUCGGAUCCGCCAUGACACGGAUCAGGAUAAAGCUCAGAAUUAAUCCAGAAAUUAAAAUUGAAGUACAUCUUUGUUUAUAACCACAUACCACUAAAGGAUUCAUGAAAGUAUCGGGAGAAAGAAGCAGCUUAAGCCCUUAUACAUCUAUUAUGAGUCAUGCCUAUGAUGAGUCAAAAUUCUUGUAUGCGGUAAUCACCUAUGGUGCAGAUGUGGUAGUUAAGUGUUAGGUUGAAAAAUCAUCUUGAUUCCUUUGAGAGAAAGAUUGCUCCGCCCGAUUCGGUUCAAAAUCUAAUAGUCUGACUCAAAAGCUACAUCACUGUCUCUCCUCAGCUUAGUGCAGAUUAUCAGAAAGUAAUGAUCAUGUAUUAUAGUCACUGCUGUCUCUGUACCCCACGGUGCAGUCGUUGCCUCUGGGCAUGUGUUUUGUCCAAGAAAGCUUUUUGCUUGUUAUUUUAUUAUCCACUGUAUGGAGCCUAAACUGGGGCUUCUCAGUCACACCCUCUGUACUCUGCCUUGUUCUUCUUAGAUACUUAGGUUUGUUUUACACGUAACCGUAGAAGAUGGAAAUAAAGAGACGAAACAAACAAAAAAAAAGUAAAAAAUAACCGAAAAAAAAAAUUUUCACCUUGCACAUGUUUGAAGUGCUCCAGUAUCUUUUUUCUGUCGUCAUUUGUGGUAUCUCAUGUUUUUACCCCCCUUUGUUUUUUGGCUUCUGUAUUUGUUCUGCACCCUGUUUGCCCUUCGCUCACUCUUACGGCAACUGUAAAUCUAUUUAAAAGGUCCUCUAGAUGUAUGCAGUUUUUCUCCUGUUGAUAUGACGCUGAUUACAAAAUGCUCUUACCAGCUAUGAAAAUAAAGAAAAAUGGAUGAAAAAUG